AUGUCCGAUUCGGAGGAACAGCGUUUGACAAAAAUCAUUGAAGAAAGUAAACUUGCAAUCAAGGAUGCGUCUUCAAAGCUUGAUCGAAUCGCGAAAGAGAAAGGAGAAGCGGAAAUAAAGGAGUUGCGGCAGAAAGUAGAAGAUCUUGUUGGCUUCGAACUUGAACAAUCUAACGAAGAAUUGGAAGCAGGAAAUAUGAAACAAGAAGAAAUCUACGCAAAAAUAGUCAAGAAUCUGGAAGAGAUCAGUAAAAUUGAGUGGAAAAUAAGACAACGAAUCCCCGAUUACAAAAGUGAGCACGAAGAUUUCAAGAGAGAGAAAAAGGAAGCUUUAGAAAAGAUGUACAAAAAUGGCUAG